GUACUAUUAUCUGGAAACAUCAAUUUCAGCUCUGAAAAAGACUAAAUACAAAACAACCACGCGUCUUGCUAGCGCGUGCACGCUUCUCCCCCAAUCAACUUCAUCGCUGUUAUCAUUUUUGACUUCAAAAGAAAGAACCCGCCAACGGAGCUUUUCUGUCGAUCCCUAAAUCGCAAUUGAUAAGUAUAAUUGAAUCGCAAUUUGUUGCAUAUUCGUAUAUAUAGCUCUAGGGAAAAACUCCCUAAUCUUGGUGGAAAAGGAAAAAGCAUCGAGUUCUAGGGCUUUCUACUUUCAGAUAUGGCGCAGAAGCAAGGUGGUGGUGGUGGGUUUUUCUCAUCGCUUGCUUCAAGUCUUUCCAACUUUAAGAACCAAGUUAACGGCUUGCUUGGUUACGAGGGGUUGGAGGUUAUAAAUCCUGAAGGAGGGACAGAAGAUGCUGAAGUUGAAGCACAAAGAGGCAGAUGGAAGCAAGAGGAUCGUGAUGGUCACUGGAAGAUGAUGCAGAAGUAUGUAGGUGCUGAUAUCACAUCAAUGGUGACUCUACCUGUACUCAUUUUUGAGCCAAUGACAAUGCUGCAGAAAAUGGCAGAGUUGAUGGAAUAUUCCCAUUUGCUAGAGCUAGCAGAUGAAUGUGAAGAUCCACACAUGCGAUUGGUGUAUGCUGCAUCCUGGUUUAUAUCUGUAUAUUAUGCUUUGCAACGAACCUGGAAGCCUUUCAAUCCAAUACUUGGUGAAACAUAUGAAAUGGUUAAUCAUGAGGGAAUUACAUUCAUUGCAGAACAGGUUUGUCAUCACCCUCCAAUGAGUGCUGCACAUGCUGAAAAUGAUCAUUUUGUUUAUGAUAUAACUUCGAAGGUGAAGACCAAGUUUCUUGGAAACUCGCUUGACAUUUACCCUCUCGGAAGAUCGCGUUUGAAGCUAAAGAAAGAUGGAGUAAUCUUGGAAUUGGUACCCCCACCCACGAAAGUUAACAAUUUAAUAUUUGGAAGGACAUGGGUUGAUUCUCCAGGAGAGAUGGUGUUGACCAAUUUGACCACAGGAGACAAAGUUGUGCUCUAUUUUCAACCUUGUGGUUGGUUUGGUGCUGGUCGGUAUGAAGUGGAUGGAUAUGUAUACAAUGCUGAUGAAGAACCGAAGGUGUUAAUGACAGGAAAAUGGAACACAUCUAUGAGCUAUCAGCCUUGUGAUUUAGAUGGGGAACCCCUUUCGGGCACCGAGCUUAAAGAGGUGUGGAAAGUGGCUGAGACUCCUGCAAACGAUAAAUUUCAGUAUACGCAUUUUGCACAUAAAGUAAACAGUUUCGAUACUGCUCCACCAAGUUUAUUGGCAUCAGAUUCUCGGUUGAGGUCCGAUAGAUAUGCACUUGAAAAGGGUGAUCUUUCUAAAGCUGGUUCAGAAAAAAGCAUUUUGGAGGAGAAACAGAGAAGUGAGAAGAGGACUCGAGAGGCAAAGGGACAGAAGUUUGUUCCUCGAUGGUUUGAUAUGACUGAAGAGGUUGCUGUGACGCCAUGGGGUGAUUUGGAGAUUUAUGAAUACAAUGGAAAAUAUUCCAAACAUCGGGAGGCUAUUGAUGUUGGCAACUCAAACUCAAACUCAAACUCAAACACGAAUGAAGAUGCUGACAUCACAAAGAUUGAGUUCAACCCUUGGCAAUAUGGUAAUGUUGCUGAAACUGAAUGA